AUGGUCCUAGAACCAAACGUCCUUCUCUCAUGGGUCUUCUUAUGCAUAGCUGCAACAAUCUCCAGCACACUUUUCUUCUUCCGCAAGAAACAUCACCGGUUCGUAUCAAAGAAGAUUCAGAAGAAGAAGAAGCUACCUCCUGGAGAAAUGGGACUUCCAUGGGUUGGUGAAACAAUGGACUUCUACAAAGCUCAAAAAAGCAACAGAUUGUUUGAGGAUUUCGUAAGUCCAAGGAUCGUCAAACAUGGGAACAUCUUCAAGACAAAAAUCAUGGGAUCACCAACAAUAGUAGUCAACGGAGCUGAAGCCAAUAGACUAAUAUUGUCAAAUGAGUUUAGCUUGGUGGUGAGCUCGUGGCCUUCAUCGUCUGUUCAGCUAAUGGGCAGGAACUGCAUCAUGGCUAAGCAAGGCGAGAAGCAUCGAGUCCUUAGAGGGAUUGUAGCUAAUAGCCUUAGCUACAACGGGUUGGAGUCCAUUGUACCUAAGCUCUGUGACACCGUUAAGUUUCAUCUUGAAACUGAAUGGCAAGGCAAGGAAGAGAUUAGCCUCUACCGUUCGGCAAAAGCACUUACUUUCACUGUAGUCUUUGAGUGUUUGUAUGGGAUUAAAGUGGAGCUUGGGAUGUUAGAGAUCUUUGAGAGGGUUUUAGAAGGAGUGUUCGCUAUGCCUGUUGAGUUUCCUUGUUCUAAGUUUGGUAGAGCGAAGAAGGCAAGGGUAGAGAUAGAGACAUUUCUUGUUGGGAAGGUUAGGGAGAAGAGAAGAGAAAUGGAAGAAGAUGCUGAGAAGCCAAACACAACACUUUUCUCGAGGCUAAUAGAAGAGUUGAUCAAAGGUGUGAUAACCGAAGAAGAGGUUGUAGAUAAUAUGGUUUUGUUAGUGUUUGCAGCUCAUGACACAACCUCUUACGCCAUGGCCAUGACUUUCAGGAUGUUAGCUCAGCACCCAACUUGCCGUGACACUCUCCUACAAGAACAUGUUCGGAUAAAAGCAAACAAAGGAGGAGAACGUCUUACAGUGGAAGAUGUGAAAAAGAUGAAGUAUAGUUGGCAAGUUGUUCGCGAAACAAUGCGACUAUCCCCUCCAAUCUUCGGUUCCUUUAGAAAAGCAGUAGCAGAUAUUGAGUAUGGAGGAUUCACAAUCCCUAAAGGGUGGAAGAUACUUUGGACAACUUAUGGAACUCAUUAUAAUCCUGAAAUAUUUCAAGAUCCAGUGAGUUUUGAUCCAACAAGGUUUGAUAAGCCAAUACAGGCAUAUACAUAUCUUCCAUUUGGAGGUGGACCAAGGCUUUGUGCAGGUCACCAACUAGCAAAAAUUAGCAUUCUCGUUUUCUUGCAUUUCGUCGUUACCCAUUAUGAUUGGUCCUUAGUUUACCCAGAGGAGACAAUCAUCAUGGACCCUCUCCCAUUUCCAUCCCUUGGAAUGCCAAUCAAAAUUUCUCCCAAGGAGUCAUAGAAUAGAGACAUGGGUAUGUUGUAGUCUGUAUGUAUGCAAUAUUCAAAGUCCACCACCACAAGUUCUAGACUUGUAUUGACUAGAAAAGAAACGAAUGAGAUUGAAUGUUUUCUUUGCACUUCAGUGUAAGUAGCACAAGUACCAUGUUUAUGUAUAAAUGCUUUUCCUAAGUUACAAGUUCAUGGAUC